AUGGCCCGUGCACUGGCCAGAUUCACACAUUCGGACCUCAAUAUUCGAGCUCCCAAUGUGGUCCCCCUUUGGCCGGUGACCUCGAAGUCGAGUUGCGACAGCCUGCCUACAUCUCCAAUUCGCCCCGUAAACUGUCACCACACUCCAUCCGAAAUGGUUGUCCUCGCAGCAUCGAUUUGUACCCGUGGCGGGAAAGCUGUCCUCUCCCGCCAGUUCAGGGAGAUGCCACGAUCCCGCAUCGAAGCCCUCCUCGCGUCCUUUCCGAAGCUUGCAGACAGCGGCACCCAACACACGACCGUCGAACAAGACAAUGUGCGAUUCGUCUAUCAGCCGUUGGACGAGCUCUACAUGGUGCUUAUUACCAACCGCCAAUCCAAUAUCCUUCAAGACAUCGACUCCCUGCACCUGUUCGCGCAGGUUGUCACCAGCACAUGCAAGAGCCUUGACGAGAGGGAGAUCUUGAAGAAUGCUUACGAGCUUCUCAGCGCCUUUGACGAGCUCGUUACCCUCGGCUACCGUGAGAACUUGACCAUCAGCCAGAUCAAGACCUUCCUCGAGAUGGAGAGUCACGAGGAGCGAAUCCAGGAGAUCAUUGCGAGAAACAAGGAGUUGGAGGCGACGGAGGAACGCAAGCGAAAGGCCAAGCAGCUGGAGAUGCAGCGCAAGGAGUCGGCUCGAGCCGGUCGUGUCGGUGGUGGAAUGCCCAGAACGCCCGUAUACCCGACUUACACUCCCCCUACUCGCCCGACGCCAACGGAUACCUACGACUCGUACGAAGCCGAGAAGAACAAGACCUUCAACAAACUGAAUGCUCCGAAGGGCAAGGGCAUGCAACUGGGCAAGAAGUCCAAGACUACCGACAUGUUCGAGCGUGUCCGAGGCGAGAUGGGUGCCGAGGUGGACGACACACCUCUUGUCACGCCAUCCCCCGCCCACGUUCCCGAGCCUACGGCAGAGCCUCGCGUCUCUUCGACCCUUGACCGUGACGCCAUUCACGUCGUGGUUAACGAGGCCAUCAGCGCCAAGCUGUCAAGGGAGGGUGCCAUCAACUCCCUCGCGAUAGUUGGUGAUUUAAGUCUUCGCAUCUCCGACCCUAGCUUGACCAAGGUCAAGUUGAACCUGACGGCCAACGCGUCUCACGGCGCCCAGUUCCGGACGCACCCCAACGUCGACAAGAACCUAUUUAACAGCUCCAAGGUGAUCCAGAUGAGCAACACUGCCCGCGGCUUCCCAACCAAUCAGUCAGUGGGCGUGCUGCGCUGGAGGGCGACGGCUAAGGCAGACGAUGCCAGCGCCUGCCCUAUCACGUUUACAGUCUGGAUCAAUAAGGAUGCGGAUAAGUACAACAUGACAGUCGAGUACGAACUGACUGGUGGCGACACGCUCAAGGAUGUCAGUGUGAUCAUUCCCUACCAGGCCAGCGAGCCAGUUGUGUCGAGCUUCGAUGCCUCGUACGAAGUCUCUGGAGACUCUCUGGAAUGGAACAUCGGAACGGUUUCUGAGGAAAACCCCACCGGAUCGUUCGAAUUCGAGGCUGAGACCAACGAUGAGAAUGACUUCUUCCCCAUGACGGUUAGGUUCUCGAAGACGUCUCCUUUCAUCGAUGUCGAUGUCUCCACGGUCUCAUUGCUUGAGGAGGACGAGGAGGUGACUUUCUCGAAGGAGGUCAAGUCGAAUGCCGACAACUUCUUGAUUGAAUAGAGAACGGGCUGCGGAAGUACCUUACCUAGGUAGAUUGAGGUGAAGUUGUCGGGGGUUGCAAUUGUUAAAUACCAACCUAGGAGUUUCCAAGCAGCGGGGGUUUGACUUGCGACGUUGGGAAAUGCCAUAAUGUUUGGCUGCAUGAUAUGAAACGUAUCUUAGAAAGAAUCAGGAUGCGAAAGCAUCUGAAAAAGAAGAUAUUUAUCGAUUUGUUGAUGCUGCUUUCGCGGAUCCUAUUAUUCACUCGGAC